AGUCUUCUCUCGUCUGUCCAACAGCGCUGUCCUUGUCUCAGUUCAUUCGAGUGCACGCGUUACUGCGCGACGUGUCCUUUUCUAACAAGCGUACAGUAACAUAGGAUGGGGUCCCUAGUUGCAGAAAUAUAUCUCUUUGUGCAAGAACUCUUUCUUUUUCUUUACGACAGAGUGGUGCACUUCGUGUUCGGACUAUGGUAUAGCAGAUUUCCGAAGGCGACAGUACCUCCGACGAACAAUCCGCUGUUGUGUGAACCGGCAACAAGCCUGGCUGACAAGAUUCGAGCUGGAAAGGUGAAAAGUGUCAAUGUGGUUCAAGCCCAUAUCGAUAGAAUCAAAGAUGUUCAGCCUCUGCUCAACGCCAUUGUGGAUGAACGGUUUGAAGCGGCUCUCGCGGAGGCCGAAGAAAUCGACAGGAAAGUCAGUUCCAGCGCUGAGGAUUCGGAGUUCCUGAAAAAGCCAUUGCUCGGAGUUCCUUUUACGGUCAAGAACUACGUAGCUGUAAAAGACUGCCUCUGGGAUACCGGGUCCUGGUACCACAAGGGUCGGAAGGCGUCGGAAGAUGCCAAAACCGUACAGUUGCUCAGAGAGGCCGGUGCAGUUCCCUUGGCUAUUACGAAUGUACCGGAGCUGACCAUAUCUGUCGACAACAUGAACAGAGUUUAUGGUCGUACCAGCAAUCCUUAUGACACCAACAGGAUGCCUGGAGGAAGUUCCGGGGGCGAAGGAGCCCUGUUGGCAUCGCAAGCGUCGUUGCUGGGCUUGGGAACUGAUAUAGGAGGGAGCGUCCGAGUGCCAGCAGCUUCCUGUGGCAUAUUUUCUCACAAGCCUUCCGGAGAAAUAGUUUCUGUAGAUGGCUUGCCUCCCGACGUUGGCCAAGGUCUUUCCACGCUGAACACUAUCGGACCUAUGACCCGAUAUGUCGAAGAUUUGCUUCCCAUGUUCAAAGUCUUGGCCGGUCCCCAGGGCACAGGCCGCCUACGUCUCGACGAACAGGUGAAUCUCAAGGACUUGAAUAUUUACCACAUGCCCGAUGACGGUGCGAAGUACAUCACUAGAGUUGAAUCCCAGAUGAGCGCCGCUGUGUACAAGGCCGUCAGUUACCUGGAAACUGUCUGUGGAUCGAAGUCAACGCAAGUCUCCCUACCGGAACUACGUGAGGCUACAGCUACGUGGGUAGGGAACAUCCUCGCGCAAGGAACGUCUAGGUUCUCCAAAGAGUUGAAAGCAGGAAAAGGUAGUCUUAACUACAUGCAGGAACUGCUACUGACAGCGAUAGGGAAAUCGAAGCACAACAUGGCCUCAAUCAUGUUCGUGCGUCAGGAGACCCGCAGUGAGAAAUACGCCCAAGAAUAUGUCGAGAAGGCGAAGGCUUUCGGUGAAAGGCUAGAACGUCUCCUUGGUGACAACGGCAUUCUUGUCCUUCCAACAAAUUCGUCUCCAGCACCGUACCACAACGAAUGGCUAACGCGUUGGGAGUACUUCUUCGGCUUCACUUGUUUGUUUAACGUCGUCCGCGUUCCCGUUACUGUGGCGCCUAUUAUGAGAGGAGAAAAGGACCGUAUGCCCAUUGGAGUUCAGAUUGUAGCGAGCCGUAACAAUGACAGACUUGGCCUAGCUGCAGCUAAGGAGUUAUCCAAGGCGUUCGGUGGCUGGACUGCUCCUGGUCGCUGAAGUAUACUUGCAAAUCUACGUGGCCUGUAAAUGGAUUGUGUUUACGAUGAAGCCAUGGACCAGUAAUGCCGAUCCAGUUAGCAAUUUUGAGGAACAACGAAAAUGGAUUUCUCCGGGCAAAGGAACAAAACUCGACACGACGAAUUCUUACACAGCCCAGUGAAGAGUUCCGCGAUCCAUCAUACAGAAUAUGAAAACUACAUCCGGAAGCUGAAAGCAAUGAUCAAAACAAGUUGGGGGUUUGUGCAAAUGGCGGUAUCUUGUGGUUCCCGAGAAAAAGAACACGAUUUUGUCGCAACAGGUGAAAAUGCAUAGCCACGUUGUGUCCUCGAGGUGUUCAAUGGUGAUUUACGAAUUAUAUUAAAGAAAUCAUUGUCAGGCC